AUGGAUGAUUAUCCUCAAUUGCUGGAUGCUGCAGCCACUGGUCUUUGCAUAACGCAUACGCCAUCGGUCGCUAAAGAUGAAUUUCAAGCAUUCUUCUCACAACGUCUGCCUGGCGCUUGCGAUGAAAUCGCAACGAAAAUCGAUAAUCUUGAUCCAACUCUUCGCGGUGUUCUCUUGGCACAAUUACAAUGUACAAAAUUUCUUCGACAGAAUUAA